UUCACAAGAGUUCCACCGUCACUCGCCACGCCAGUAAAGCGCACUACCUACCAAGUAGUUUGUCAAGCUGAAGGUUUUCCUCGUCCCAUAAUAAACUGGAGAAGAGUGGGAAUGUCUUUGCCAGCUGGAAAGACUGAAGUAAACCAAGGGAUACUAACCAUUAAGAACCUGACUCCUGCUGACAGCGGUUUGUACGAGUGCAUUGCAACGAACUCAGUGGGGACAAAGAAGGCUAGAAUCAACGUGGUCGUUCAACAACAAAAGCUAGGUAUACUCUGCUUUUAAACAAAGAGUCAUUCUGGUAACCACAGUAACCUGAGAUGUUUCUAUUCAUGUAUGAGAUUUAAGCAAGACUUCCAAUCUCAAUCUGAUUUAUACAAUAGCCUGAAAUAAUAUGAUAUAUUUCUCCCUCAUUUUACUUGUGAACAAAUAAAUAGAAUGAAAUUCCCAACCAAAGUUUUCAUGCUGCCCAGAUUUUGAAAAGAAAAUCAAUCCUUUUCUUUUAUAGAUUAUAGCCUUUGUGCUCUAAACUACUGUACGUGUAAAAUAAAGUAAAAACCUGCGUAUAAGAACUUAGAUUUUCCAAUUUAGCUUAAAGUGGUUCUUAUAGCAAUGGUAUUUAGUGGGAUUUUAGGCUACUUACAGUAUGUUCUUAAGUUAACAGGUUAUUAAUUUGAUAGGGCCACUAAAAAUAAGUGAUAUGGAAUAAUAUUGCUGUAAAAAUAAUUAUCUGGAACUGAUACAGUUUACAUGAUAACCAUACAGUAAAUUAAUCUUUUCAACAGGUUCUUAAAUUUUAGGUUUUUAAACGCGGGUUUUUUACUGUAUUGCACUCUUUCAGUGACUUUUAGCACUACAAGGCCAACACGUAACGCCUCAGGAAACUUUGAGAUUCUUGAGAAAUAAAAUUAACUGAAUACUUGCAUUAUGUGGAGUCUACGAGAGUACAAAGUUAACAUUUAGUCAACAUUCUGGUAGCAUGCAGUGCAUUGUUUUGUACAAGUUACGUGAAACAGGCCUGUUUUCAUUGCGAAUAGAUUCAGCUUUAAAAUUAUUGGUGUCACGUCACCUUGACUGUCUAUACAUGCACACCUCUAUAGGCUAUCCAGAGUAGUUAAGGCCGAUUUAGUCGGUACGAUUUUUGCUUAUGACAGUGAGGGUCGGUCCAAAGAACGGUUUACAGAGAGUUGACUGUACAGCUUGGUACAGUAUGACUUGUUAUACUUAAAUUUACAAUCUUAAAGUUAUACACUCCUUGAUGUUGAAAUUUUUGAUCAUAAUAACCCACAAGAAUGAAUGAAUGAACCAACGAACGAACGAAGGAAUGAAUGAAUGAAUGAAUGAAUGAAUGAAGGAAGGAAGGAAGGAAGGAAGGAAGGAAGGGAGGGAGGAAGGAAGGAAGGGAGGGAGGAAGGAAUGAAGGAAGGAAGGAAGGAAGGAAGGAAUGAAGGAAGGAAGGAAGGAAGGAAGGAAGGGAGGGAGAAAGGAAGGGAGGAACGGAAGGAAGGAAGGGAGGGAGGGAGGGAGGGAGGGAGGGAGAGAGGGAUGGAUGGAUGAACGAAUGAAUGAAUUAAUGAACGAACGAACGAACUGACGAACGAACGAACGAACGAAUGAAUGAAUGAAUGAAUGAAUGAAUGAAUGAAUGAAUGAAUGAAUGAAUGAAUGAAUGAAUGGAUGGAUGGAUGGAUGGAUGGAUGGAUGAAUGAAUGAAUGAAACGAAAAAGACUUCUAGAUCUAACGUAAGGAAAUCAAUACGCUUAUUGGGGACAUCUAGUUGUUAUCUCUACUUCAUAAAAUUGUUCAUAUCUUAAACAGUAAAAUUGCUGCAUAAGCUACUUGAUCUUGCUUGGCUAAACUGGUUCUUGUAUUUUUGGAAAUUAAAGUGGCAAGCUGCUGCCAGGGGAAUCUUAAUCAACAAGUUCUUAUACACAGGUUUUUACUGUGAAAAAAGUAUGGAAGGUGAGCCUGCCUGUCAUAUCGCUGGAUAUAAUAAAGUCCAAAUUUUACUAUCUUAAACUUGUGUAUUUAUAUCGUUGAAAAGGCAGCUUAACAAAUAUUGACGUCAGCCAUCAAUUGUCAACAGGCCAUUCUUAAUGCUGGUCUUCAUUUGUUCAGAUUUAGAAGACUCCGUUAUUGUGGGAAACAGCAUAAAUUACUUGAGGACUUUAAGAAGCUGGCUGUCUCCAGUGGCACGAAGCGUGAAUUCUGCCUGGAAGCGCUGUUGGCAUGCAUCUGUGGACGGCUCGGCUGCAAGUACAUUUCAUUCACGAUGUGAUGGCAAGGGACCGACUGUAACAAUAAUAAGAGUUGGAAAAUAUAUUUUCGGAGGAUACACCAGUGUUUCAUGGGGUAAGUUAUUGUUGUUCAGAUAGGCUGAUCCAGGCGUUCAGAUAGUAGAGCGCGGUCUUCGGAUGGUGGGAGGCGAGUUACGCAAAGGAAAUGAGGACGAGCAUCAUCAAAACUAUCCAGCCUUUGGAUGCACAGAUUGAAAGGAUGUUUUUUCACUUUUCUUAGAUCUUGUUCUAGCCUCACUCCGCCCCUUAUCCUCUCGUAUCAUCACUACUUCCUGAAUUUAAAGACGAUUCUUAUCAUUAGUAAGCUUCAUUUGAAACUAAAAAGUACUUAUACGGCCAUAAAUAUUAUAAUCAUUUAGCUGGGAAUUCCAGGCUGCAAAUACAGCAUGCUAAAUCAUAGUCCAGUCAAAUUGUGGUUUAGCAUUAAAGUAAUUGCAACAGAUUUUUUUCAACGCCAUUAAAUUGUUGGAUGGCUAUUUAACAACAUACUAAAAAUCUGCCAAAAUCAGUUCGGUGAAAGAUGUGAGAAAUUGGCAAUAAAGAUUUUCCACUUUCACCACAAGAAACCCAAUAUCGGGAAGAUCACAAAUUCAAGUCUGAUAACAACCUCGUUUCCAGGGUUCUCUUCUACCCUGGGAACGAGGUUGGUCUGAUAAUUGUGUUCUUUUUUCUCAAGAAUUUUCGAUGGAACAUCGCUAAUGUUUUUUGGGUAGUUUUGUUUUAAAAACCGCCGACAAAAUGUGUGAGAAACACGUUGGUCAGUGUUUCGUCUUGAGGGCUUUGCACAGGUUACCCAGCCACUCGUCUGUCUCACAUUCUGUUUUCCGAGCUUUAAUUGUUUUUUUCUAUGACGGUAUUUAAAAUGGAAAUUAUUAGUCAGUCUUUGUUAACAUGGUUUUUGCGCAAUAUCAGAAAUGCAGUAGGUAUGAGCAGUUUUACAUCAGGCUUGUAAUUUUUUUAUAUCCUGUAGCAUGUAUGCAAAUUCAGAGUAGCUGACUGAUGGUGAACAAUUUGAUUUGAUAUUUUGUUCACCUUUAGUCAGCUACUUAACUUGAAUCCAUGCUGCAAGAUACGUGCGACUAAAUGUUUGCAACGGACGAUAGAUUUGUAUCAGUACAAACUGUUUAUCCUAUUCCCAUUUUGCUCAAAAGUCUUGGACAAUAUGUGUGAUCGAAAUCAGGGAUUCUUUUUAUUUCUCGGGACAUGAGCAACCUCCUUUAUGAUUACGACUCUGUACUUUACAAUGUGAGUGAAUAAAUAUUCUGCUAAGGACUCCGUCUAUUUGGUUUUUGCUUGAUCGUAACGGUCUGCGCUUUUCAUUACACAUGGCCAAGAGCCAUAAUAGGUCCUAUUAUGGCUCUUGACAUGGCCGAAUCUGUAGUAAGGGAAAUCCAGAAACCCAAGCGCAGUAUGAUUGUUCUUCUUUUUUUUUUUAAUCUUCCUCUUGUAGCGAGUCUCAGAUCUCAGUUUAGUUCAGUGUAUCUCUGUCAGUUUGUAUUUUCUGCGUCAGUCCUUCAUUUCUUGGUAAGAUGAAUAAGUAGAUUAAUCGCUCUGUGGUCUAAAGACGUUUAUAUUCCCUCCUUGCAUUUCUUUUCUGAGAACAACCAUGAACCUUGACCAGUUUUUUCUCGUCCAUUGGCAAAUGACGACCUGUCGUGAAUGCUAACGCAGAAAUUUCAUUUCACAGUUUCAAGGGUUUAUUCCAAAUAGGAAAAGUUCACUGCCAAAGGUACACACGAAAUCUAAACCCAACUAACUAAAAAAAUUCAGAUAACAUGCUUAAAAACAAGGUAUACAUUCCGAUCACUACCACGAUAAUUAAGUGUCCAUCUUAAUUGUCACGCAAUGUUAUAAUCUCACACAGACCUCUUUUUCUUAACGAUCAUGGGAUCCUAUACGUCUGAAAAUAAUUGCAGUGGUCAAUGAAGGCCCAAAAGUACUGGACACAUGUACAACAUUAAUGGGCUUGCCUGACUUAGCUUCUUAUGGAUCCCCUUUUUUUGGCGGAACCUAUGUUUCUCUUCGGAUGUGCGUUGUGUAACACUUCAACUUACUGCAUGUUAACCUUAUGACUGAGUUGCGUAAAUUAUGCUCUGCGCGGGGAAUUUCCAUUACUCCAUAGACUCUUACAAUAUAUAUUUUUACGUACGCAUUGUUUUGGCUACCCAGAGUUUGUCUUUCUCUUAAAAAGCAGAUUCCCUAUUAUACUAUUUCGUUUUCUUGAAGCAAACGUUUGCUGGAACCAAAGUUCUUAUGCGAUGAAUGUUCCGUUAACCUUUAUAAUUUUUUUGCGAAGAUAACAACACUUUUCCUUAAAUGAAAACGCACUUCCCUUUUAUCAAAUUCAUAGGCAUUGCAGCUUAACCUGCUCAAAAACUCUGCAUUGUUGUGCAUCGUAAAGGAUUAGUUAAACUAUUCUCCCCUCCUCUCCAUUCACUUUUCACAAGAACAAAACGAAAAGCUUCAAAAAAGUGAAACUGGUAUAUCGUAAAAGCAUGCAAAGCAUUAUCUUGCUAGAUUUUUGAGAACGUACCGAACAAACUAAAAUCGUCGUUUUUAUCCCCAAAAGCUAGGUAGCAGUUAUUCUUUCUUCUUUCACUUUCCAUAAAGUAACAAACAGAUUUUGCGCAUUUUUUGUUUGAACGUUUAAUUUCAACUAACGUGGGUUCCAUGUGCUAAAAGCUCAAAAUGUUUAACGCUUAAUUUUGACAUGUUCCACCGAACGGAUUUUGGCGGAUUUUUAGUAUGUUGCUAGGUAGGCCACCCUUACUUAAAAGGCGUUGAAAACAAUUCUGUUGCAAUUAGUUUGAUGUUGAGCCUCAAAAAUGCCUAGACUGACUGGACUAUCAGGCCAAUUGUGAUGAACGGAUUAUUUUAAAAAAGUUUUGGGAAGCCUUUAGAUACAAUUUCUGUACCAAACGUUUGUACUUUUAAGGCCUGUUAAAGGGCGAUAAUUAGUUUUACUAUAAUGUGCCCUUCUACAUUCUAAAUUUUCUUGCUAACAUUAUAUAAUUAUGUACACGUAGGUUAAACAACCUCCUGCUAAUUUAUUGUACAAAUAAAGUAUUUGAUCUAUAGAAUGGAGUAAAAAAAUACGAAUAAAAUACAAACACUUUUAAGGCCAUGGAGCCUGCUACAUCAACUAUUUGUACUUUGAUAAGAAAAACUGAAUUAAAAAGUUCAUGAGUCAGUUCAAACGAGAACUUCAGACCUGGUGGCAAUUUAGUGUGUAAACUGCGUUUGAGUGAAUUUACCGUUUAUUUUAAUUGUACAUCCGUCGGUUAAUUUGUUCAGUUAAAAUAUGAUGAAUAGAAAUAUUUUCUAGAAUAAAGAGUGUUUUUUUGUAGAUCAAUUAAUUGAACUUCUUUCCGACAGAUUUUUGCUCAAACAACCGUCGUUUGAUUAGUGCUUUUUGUUUGUUUGUUUGUUUGUUUUUUGCGCAUUUUUUGUUUGUUUGUUUUUUUGUUUUGUUGUUAAUUUGGUUUUAAAAUGUUUGUACUUGUCCUACAAAUACAAAUGGAACAUGUCAGACUCAAACUCGUUUCAAAUUAGAAAGCUUGUUUCCAGGUUUGUCUUCAAAGUCCAUGCACUUGACGGGUGAAAUAAUUUCUAAAGUGAGUAUCAGAACAAACGGCGCUAAUUACACUUGGUUCCAUCUUUAAUUUCUCUCUGAUAGCUUCCAGUGGUGUGUACCAGUACGACUCCAAAGCAUUUUUGUUUUCACUGGUGAACAAACCAGGAUGGGCUCCUGUUAAACUGCCUCAGACAGGGAAAUAUAGUUCAAGCAGAUAUUCAAUAUACUGUGGCUCAAGUUAUGGACCUACAUUUGGAAAUGGAUUUGACAUUUACAUUUCCAGCUACGCGUCAACCAAUAGCAAUUCUUACAGCAACCUUGGCUAUACUUACAGCCCACCGAGCGGGUACAGCUACAGCAGUACCUUCGCCCAAACAUUCCUGGCAGGAUCGUACAAGUUCACACCAGACGAAGUAGAAACUUUUUACGAAACAAACUAG